AUUUCAUUUUUUUAUGUAAUUAUUAUAGUUUAUAACGUUAAUCUACAAAAAAACAUCUUGGAACAUUUAAAAAAAGAGUGUUUUAUUUAUCGCUGAGUAAAUAUUUUGUCGAAAUUAUAUAAACUACUAUAGUAAUCUUUAUAAGAUUGAUUCAUAAUGUGGAACGAUCAAUCCGUUGCCGGCGGCGGAUUUUUUAAUUCUACCAAUCAAUUUGCGAAUGCUGCAGCAACACCUAACCAAGGCCAAAAAAGUGGCCGUAGAUCAUCACGGACAGCUCCCAUAGUUAUUAAACAAGCCUUACACAGUGGAGAUGAGGGUGUUAAAAUAUGGGGAACAGAGGUUCAAAUUGUUUCCAUUGUUGCUAGAGUAAGAAACAUCAGAAUACAAAGUACAAAGAUAACAUAUACAAUCCAAGACAUAACCGGUAGAAUGAAAGCAGUUCUUUGGUUAGAUCAAGAAGCUAUGGAUGAAGAUGAUAAGUCUGCACCUAAAGUUCAAGUAAAUGAUUAUGUUCAAGUAUUUGGAAAUGUAAAAACAAAUAAGGGCAAAAAAGUUUUAAUGGCUUUUAAGAUAAUGCCUGUUGAAGAUGUAAAUCUAAUAACAUUUCAUUACCUGCAAUGUAUUCACAAUAAACUCAAAAUGGAGGCAGAUUCUAAGAAGGAAAAACCAGUAGAUACAUCAACAUUUGUAAGCAAUGUACCAGCUAACUCCUUAAUGGGAAUGGAUAAUGGUUCUGUUAAUGGCUUGAAUCCUCGUCAAAUGAUGGUUUAUAACCUUAUCAGAGCAUCUACACUUGAACAAGGAAUUAGUAAACAAGAUAUUUAUUCAACACUUAAGGAUAAAAUGCCAAGUGUUGAGUUUGAGAAUAUACUAGAAUGGAUGUGUAAUGAAGGUCACAUUUAUUCAACAAUUGAUGAAGAACACUUCCGUGCCACAGAUGCCUUUUAGAUUGUUUUCAUAAAUUAAAACAAAUUUUCCUUA